AUGGCUGCGCUAGAUGCUGUGGUGGACGAGCGGAUGGAGAAAUUGAAAGAAGAAAGAUGUUUGAAACAGAAGACCAGAAUCCGACUCACUGCAGACCCUGCCAUCAGUGUGGCAUCUCUGGUGGCCAUCUUAGUGGCCUUCCUGAAGUACAAGCAGACCAAGCCUGGAGACCUGUGUGGUGUCAAAAUGAGAAGGGCCCUCGAGGUUUUGUACAAGAACCACGACUUGGAACUUCGAACCAACAAGAAGCAUUCCGCGGAGGACUGCGUGGACCGCCUGGACUUCAUGAUCCGUGUGCUUUUGAAUAUGGUGAGAAAUUUGAAAAGUAGCCCGAACCUGAAGGUGAAGGUUUGGCGCAGCCUGGGUCGUGCAGAACAGGGUCGGCUAGAUUUGGUUUUAGUUGCAGAGACAGAGCACAAGCCUGGCGAAAUGAAGAAGGAGCAGCAAAUUUGGGUGCAGGGAUACCUUCAGAAGGAAGAAAAAAAGGGCAAUGUGAUCUCCAAAGCUGAGGCCAACAAGCAAUGGCCUGUAAGUUUGCGCCGUGAAGAGAUCCUUUGUCGUGUUCCGCUUACUGACCUGAAACGCAGGAGGUUUGUCCCCAAAGGUGCGGACACCAAUCCCUUUUUGGCCAUGGUUGCAUUGGUCUUGGAGGGUGCGAAGCAACUGGAGGCCUUGGUCUUGGUGCAGAUGCCAUAG